CAAACCGAGUACUCAUGUGAUUAUAGUAGAACUCAUGUGAUCUCAAAGUACUCUUAUAUGGAUACGGUGAAACAUCUUUACUAUUCUGAGUUGAAAACCUGAAAAUGGAUAAGGUGCUACCUGUUGACGAAAAAGGCGACAACUUCCGGUCGCUGCCGGCGGUGCGCCUGAUGAGGGCGGCGGAGCUGAACAUAGACUCGUCCCCGUCCAAGAUGAUUAACCGUAGCCCUUCUGAAUGUGCCUUCCAGCGCUUCCUCCAGGAGGCCUCCGCAUCAGUUGAUCACAGUUCCGCCCCGGCUGCUUCUUCUUCUUCUUCUUCUUCUUCUACCUCUACAACUUCUCCCCGCUGGAUACAACCGCCUCAAAAGGCCGGCGCUAUGAUCGUGGAUCGGAAUCUUAGAACAGAUAUGAAUAUCAAACUCGGGGACAAGAGCUCCGGGCCCCAACUGGCUAUGGAAAAAUCUAUGACGGCGUCUCUGGAUACAGGAGCUACAGCUAAUGUUCCGGUUGAUUCCAAGGAUUAUCAGGCAUUCCUCAAAACCCGUCUAUAUCUUGCCUGUGCCGCAGUAGCGUUCUCACGUGGAAAUUCUGCUGAGCCUGAAAAGGGAUUUGAGUCUUCUAUUUCAAAUCCUGAAUCGCUGGUUCAUUGCAAUGGAUCUAGGAACUAUUUGCCCAAUGGGCAAAAGAAGAAUGGCGGAUGUCAUGUUGGAACACCCUACUUACCUGUCCUACACAGGAAUUCCAGUGCUCGGGUACGGUCAACAAGUUGCUCAGAACAGUCUGAUGAUGAUGAACUUGAUGGAGAAGCAGAAACAACUCACCAAAUGGAUGCAACAGAAGUGAAACGUGCAAGGAGAAUGCUAUCCAAUAGAGAAUCAGCUAGACGUUCUAGAAGAAGAAAGCAAGUUCAUCAAACAGAAUUGGAGACACAGGUUUCUCAAUUGAGAGUAGAAAACUCCUCACUGUUGAAGCGUUUGGCUGACAUAAGCCAAAAACAUAAUGAUGCUGCAGUUGACAAUCGAAUCCUGAAAGCAGAUGUUGAGACACUAAGAGCAAAGGCCCGGACCAGUGGUAAACAUAUGUCUGAAGUCCAAACAGACCCGUUUGUAAGGGCAGGCUGGGUGGGACGAUUGAGCCGACCCUUUUCUGUACAGGUGAAGAUGGCGGAGGAAACCGUUAAAAGAGUAUCCGGGAUGAAUCCAUUGCUCCAAGCAAUGUCUGAGAUAUCCCUUGUGAGCUUUCCAUCCUUUGCCGAUAGCCCUUCAGACGCCUCAACUGAUGCUGCUACAGCUGUACAUGUGCAGGGUAGUGAUGAUCUUGACUACUACCAAGCGCUCUCUCAUAUUUCCUCACCUCAUGGCUCUGGAGUUUCCAGUGGAUUGCUGAACAUCCAUCCAACUGAUAACGUGCAGCAGGGUCCCACAAUGCAGCAGACGACGACCUUGGAACGCCCACGCGAGUCCAUCCGCGCAGUUGCGGGGAUUUCCUUGCAGGGAAAGCAAUAAUGUGCAAAGUGAGAUUUAAUUAAUUUACUGGAAUGAAAAAAAUCUACAUGUGCCUCAAAUAUUUCAUUUUCAGCGAAUGAUUAGUUAAUUCCUUCACACAGUAUGUGUAGAUUCCUUCACAUGGUACGUGUGGUUGGACUCUUUUAUUUACCUUUCAUACCAGAGUGGUGUCACAAAAAUGACGUUGGAAAGUGAUGUGCCAUGGCAUGUUUGGUACAUUAGAACUUUGGGAAAUUACCUAAUUAAGAUUAAAACGUUUGUAUGUUCCAAAAUAGUACUCUUGCUUUUUAUUCGCAAAAUAAUAGUAAUCACUGCCUAUUAUGUUUCAAUACUACCAUGGGAAA